CCAGCUUGAUCCUUUUUGGUUCAGUGCAGAAGUGAUGGGGGGUUAGGGGACUCUGAUGGAUGGUGGUGCCCCUCCUGGGUCUCAGGAGCUGGUCUCUGCAACACAAUUGGACUCUUAAACCCACAAAGGGGGAAAGUUCCCUUGUUCUGCUUGUGUGCAGCAGCACUCCUGCUAGCAGAGCAGCCGCAGAGAUGGUGCAACCCCAGUGAGACCUCAGGCAUCUCCUCCCAGGGAUAAAUGGGAAUAGAUUUAAUAAUGGAAAACCUGCUAGCCCAGAAAGGGAACCUCCUCUUUUCAGUGAACAGCAUAGACCCACCACCUCCAUCCUGAGACCUGCAGUCCCCGUGCACACCCUGUACUUCUUAAUGUAAUAGACCAGGAGUUGUGAAGCUCUAUUUGCAUGUAAUUAAAGUCCCUGUGGUGUUCAUGGGGGAGUGUUCGCUGGUGCUGGCCCCAGCAGGGCUUGGGGCUGGUCCUCUCUCAUCCCCACAGCUCAUUCACUCUUGCUGGCCAGAGGAGCGGGAUGUCCUCAGUUUCCCUCCCUGCCCUUGCAUUGCACAUCAUAUUUAUUAAGCUCCUGCGAGCUGUUUGUCCCUCCUGGGGUUUCACUUUGAGCUCUCACUGCAUUAUGCUGAAAGAAAUAAAGGAAGAACAAGGUGGGAUCAGAUAGAGCACAGAAAAGAGAGGGAUAUUCAUUAAAAUGGAAAAAUAACCCAAGCUGCUUCUCGUUAAUUCCCUCCUUACAGCAUUUCCAGUUCAAGCACAUUCCUGUGUUCAUCUGUGAUGCUCCUAUGGACCUGUGUGGUCCAGGAGCAUCGCUGUGGCACGUGUGUGCCUGUGUGUGCUGUGAGUCUCCUGGUUGUCUGAGCAACGGGAUAUUCAUCACUAACUCCAGGGAUAAUUAACUCAUUUCCCUGUAUUUAUAGAAAACUGAUGCAGGGAGUGCUGGCACUCAUCCCUCAUGGGGCCACAUUUGGCCAAUGCACCUUGAGUUCUGGCCAUUCCUUGCGAUACAGCAGCUUUGUCAUCACGCUGCUGCCUGCUCAUUAAGCCUGAAACCAAGCAGCUCCUUAAGCCUGCAAGGGCAGGGGUGAAGCAUCACCAUCUGCCUGCCCACGGGUGCCCACCUCCUGGUUUGCCAGCCCAGGGGAUGUUUGCAUCGGCGUUGCCAUCUCCAGAUGCCUGCGUUCGCCUGUGCUAAAAUCAGCGUCGCUCCUGGCUCGCAAAGGGAGAUUUUGCUGCUUUAAGGGGUUUGUUGCAGGGCUGUGAUGCAAAGACGCGCUGGAGCAUCCUGACUCGGCACCGCAGCGGAGGGAGACCCGUGGGGAAGGACAAGGAGCAUCCUCUCUCAGCGUCAGGGCAUGUGUAUGCCAGGGGAUGGGUGACGAGCGGCUUCCCCCAUCUCCCCAUCUCCCUGUCAUAGCGGAGGAUGCCAACGCCUCAUCCUCCACCUGCCCCGAGCGCUGGGUCGAGCCCCGGUUCACGCAAGCGGCGAGGGUGCGGGUGAUCAUCACGGUCAUCUUCUUCCUGCUGGCGGCGGGCAGCAACGCGGCGGUGCUGGGCAGCCUGCUGAGGAAGAGGAGGAAAUCCCACGUGCGGCCGCUGCUCCUCAGCCUGGCACUGGCCGACCUGCUGGUGACGGUGGCGGUGAUGCCCCUGGACGCGGUGUGGAACGUGACGGUGCAGUGGUACGGAGGGGACCUCUCCUGCAAGCUCCUCAACUUCCUCAAGCUCUUUGCCAUGUACGCGGCCGCGCUGGUGCUGGUGGUCAUCAGCCUGGACCGGCACGCCGCCGUCCUCCAUCCCUUCUCCCGCGCUCGCCGCCGCAAUGGGCUGCUGCUCCGCGCUGCCUGGGCUGGCAGCGUGCUCCUGGCUUCACCCCAGCUCUUCCUCUUCCACCUGCAGACGGCCCCAGGAGGGAACUUCACCCAGUGUGUCACCCACGGGAGCUUCCGGACACACUGGGAGGAGACCGUGUACAACAUGUUCACCUUCACCACCCUCUACAUCACCCCCCUGAGCGUCAUGAUCGUUUGCUACACCCGGAUCAUCUGGGAGGUCAGCAAGCAGCUAAAGAUCAAUAAAGGUUUGGUAAGACAUCAAAGUGACCACAUCUCCAAGGCACGCAUGAAGACUCUCAAGAUGACCAUAGUGAUUGUUGCCACCUUCAUCAUCUGCUGGACCCCGUAUUACCUCCUGGGCUUGUGGUACUGGUUCCAGCCAGCCAUGAUCCAGAAGAUGCCGGAGUAUGUCAACCACAGCUUCUUCCUCUUUGGCUUGCUGCACACCUGCACCGACCCUGUCAUCUACGGGCUGUACACCCCAUCCUUUCGGGAGGAUGUGCACCUGUGUCUCAGGGGCAUUGAAACAGCCAUUACCAGGCAAGAGAGACACAAACCUGCCUCAGGCUCAGAGAAGAACACCAAGGAUGGUGCAGUAAAUGGUGGGGUGGCGUCAGGAUGCUCCAACGGGACAACUGUCAACACGGCCUGCUGAAGAGAUACCCACAAGGAGAUGGGAUGCACAGCUCUGGGGGCUCCUUUGUCCCAUAGGAUCAUUCUGGAGACUCCUAUGGCAAUUUGCCCCCCAGGUUUGGUGUUUGAGGGCCGGUGGCCAGAAGCUGGGAAUGUGUCUCCUGCCUGUACUCAGGGUGACAAACAUUUGGGGGGAUUUAUGGACGUUCUUCCAUAUUCUGGCAGCCCUGUGACAACCAGGAAACCACCUUUUUUUGCACCCUAUGUAUGCAUGCUCU